GAACUGUGCUGUCUGGGGCAGGAAAUCAGCCUGAAAGAGGAUGGAAGGGCUUUGGUGGGAAAUAAAUGGCACUGUGUUGUUGACGGAAAAAGAUCUUGGCAGGACCGUUGUUGAGUCCCGGGCGUGCAGUAGAGUGUCGCAGGGGGAGAUGUCAGCUUGGACCAUGGGCGCCCGCGGUCUGGACAAGCGAGAAAGUUUCUUUAAGCUCAUUGACACAAUCGUCUCGGAGAUCGGAGAACUGAAACAGGAGAUGGUGCAGACAGAUGUCAGCCUGGAGAAUGGACUGGAACCCAACGAAGCCCACAGCAUGGUAAGACACAAGGAUGAUGGCUUUUCCGAAGAAAAGGAUGUGAAGACCUAUCCGCGGGACUCUGGCUAUGACAGCCUCUCCAACAGGCUCAGCAUUUUGGACCGGCUUCUCCACACCCACCCGAUCUGGCUGCAGCUGAGUCUGAGUCAGGAGGAGGCAGCGGAAGUCCUCCAGUCCCAGCCUCCAGGGAUCUUCCUGGUUCGUAAAUCCACCAAAAUGCAGAAGAAAGUUCUCUCCCUUCGCCUGCCCUGUGAAUUUGGAGCCCCACUCAAGGAAUUUGCCAUAAAGGAAAGCACGUACAGUAAGUGGUCACUGGAUGGCGAAGUCCUGGUUGACGGGAGGGCCUGUGGUCGCCCGAGCAAGUGGAAGUGGACAGAGCUUGCCCUUCGAGACAGGGAUGUUCUGCCGUUUACCUUGAAGUUGCCUUAUGCCAUUUCAACAGCCAAGACUGAGGCUCGGCUUGAAGAACUAGCCCAGCUGGGACUAAAUUUUUGGAGCUCUCCAGCUGACAACAAACCCCCAAACCCUCCACCUCCCCAUAGGCCUCUCUCCUCAGACGGUGUUUGUCCUGCCUCUCGUCAGCUCUGCCUUAUAAAUGGAGUGCAUUCUAUAAAAACCAGGACGCCUUCGGAGCUGGAGUGCAGCCAGACCAAUGGAGCCCUGUGUUUUAUUAAUCCUCUUUUCUUGAAAGUGCACAGCCAGGACCUCGGUGGAGGCCUGAAACGGCCCUGCACAAGGACUCCCAACGCGAAUGGCACCGAGAGGCCUCGGUCCCCCCCACCCAGGCCCCCGCCACCCGCUAUUAAUAGUGUCCACACAAGCCCGCAGCUGUCCAGGACUGAAACCCAGGCGAGCAUGCCAGAAACAGUCAACCAUAACAAACAUGGGAACGUAGCUCAGCUUGGAACAAAACCAACCCCCAUCCCUCCACCCCGGCUGAAGAAGCAGGCUUCUUUUCUCGAGGCGGAAGGCAGCGCAAAGACGUUGCCCGGCGGCCGGCCGUAUCCCGGCCGGGAGCCGCAGCCGGAGGAGCCGGGGCCGGGCACAGCUGGCAGGCCAGGUGGGGCCCCGCCUGCCGAGGCCCCGGGGGAUUGCACAAGGGCCGCCGGUCCCGAACCCCGGCCCCCGUGGCGUGGAGGCAGGCAGAGGCUGAGCGACAUGAGCAUUUCCACUUCCUCCUCCGACUCGCUGGAGUUCGACCGCAGCAUGCCCCUGUUUGGCUACGAGGCAGACACCAACAGCAGCCUGGAGGACUGCGAGGAAGAGAGCGACCAGGAGACCAUGGCCCCCCCCAUCAAGUCCAAAAAGAAGAGGAACAGCUCCUUCGUGCUGCCCAAGCUGGUCAAGUCCCAGCUGCGCAAGAUGAGCGGGGUGUUCAGCUCCUUCCUGACCCCCGAGAAGCGCAUGGUCAGGCGGAUCGCGGAGCUGUCCCGGGACAAGUGCACCUAUUUCGGCUGCCUGGUGCAGGACUACGUGAGCUUUCUGCAGGAGAACAAGGAGUGCCACGUGUCCAGCACCGACAUGCUGCAGACCAUCCGGCAGUUCAUGACCCAGGUGAAAAACUAUUUGGCUCAGAGCUCAGAGCUGGACCCCCCCAUCGAGUCGCUGAUCCCCGAAGACCAAAUCGAUGUGGUGCUGGAAAAAGCCAUGCACAAGUGCAUCUUAAAACCCCUCAAGGGGCAUGUGGAGGCCAUGCUGAGGGACUUCCACAUGGCCGACGGCUCAUGGAAGCAACUCAAGGAGAACCUGCAGCUUGUGCGGCAGAGGAACCCCCAGGAGCUGGGGGUCUUUGCCCCAACUCCUGAUAUUGUGGACGUGGAGAAAAUCAAAGUCAAAUUCAUGACCAUGCAGAAGAUGUAUUCACCGGAGAAGAAAGUCAUGCUGCUGCUGAGGGUCUGCAAGCUUAUUUACACUGUCAUGGAGAACAACUCAGGGAGGAUGUACGGAGCUGAUGACUUUUUACCAGUCCUGACCUACGUCAUAGCUCAGUGUGACAUGUUGGAACUUGACACUGAAAUUGAGUAUAUGAUGGAGCUCUUAGACCCGUCGCUGUUACACGGAGAAGGAGGUUAUUACUUGACAAGCGCCUAUGGGGCGCUUUCUCUGAUAAAGAAUUUCCAAGAAGAACAAGCCGCUCGGCUGCUCAGCUCAGAGACCAGGGACACCCUCAGGCAGUGGCACAAACGGAGAACCACCAACCGGACCAUCCCUUCGGUGGACGACUUUCAGAAUUACCUCCGAGUUGCGUUCCAGGAGGUCAACAGUGGCUGCACGGGGAAGACCCUCCUCGUGAGACCUUACGUGACCACCGAGGACGUGUGCCAGCUCUGUGCUGAGAAGUUCAAGGUGGGGGACCCUGAGGAGUACAGCCUCUUUCUCUUUGUUGACGAAACGUGGCAGCAGCUGGCUGAGGACACUUACCCUCAGAAAAUCAAGGCUGAGCUUCACAGCCGGCCACAACCCCACAUCUUCCACUUUGUCUACAAGCGCGUCAAGAACGAUCCUUACGGCGUCAUUUUCCAGAAUGGGGAAGAUCUCACCACCUCAUAGAAGAGACGAGACUCCCCCAUGGCGCAUCCAAAGGGGGGUUAGGAAACUUGCCUUCUGGCUUCCACGUGCUUGUGCUUGAAAAGCAGUCAGUCACCUCCUUAGGGACCCGUCGGUUCAGUGACUAAGCCAUCCACAGGCUGACUGGGCCAAGGGCGUCCUUAGCCACAUUGCCCAGGCAAGGUAGCUGAGGUUCAUGAAACGGUAGGAUUCUCCUUCAGAGAUGGAAGAACUGCAUUUGAUAGUUUAGGUGUCCCGAGAUUGUUUGCUACCGACCCCCCCAGCCAGGUUCUAGGUGGGCUCACAUGUACGUAUAUGUCCUGAAUAAACAUUUAGGGUGCAAGCUCUUCUCUUCAAUUCAACAGCAGGUGUUUGCGAAGCCUGUCCGAUGCAGUGCAUCAGGUAUAUCUCAGUUCUGUGGAUGGCUCUAUCUUUCCUUCCUCCCUUCCUUCCUUCCAUCCUUCCUUUUUCUUUCUUUUCUUUGUCUUCUUCUUUUUUUUUUUUUUUACAAAGAGCCUUUGUGUUUUUAUAUAUUUCAUAGAAAUUUUUAUAGCAGUUGCAGGUAAACUGUCAGGAUUGGUUUUUAAAAUAUUUUUGUAACUUUAAAAUAUUCUAUAAUUAUGCAUGUGAUUUUAACAUUUAAUAUUCGAAAAGAAAUCUCUUGCUGGAUUUGAGAGUAUCACAUUUUUAAAAUGUCUCUCUUCUGUAACUGGAUUUUUGGCAACUUUGUGGAGAAAGACUGCUGGAUUUCUUAAAGCAAUAUAUUACUGACACUGGCCACAGAAUGCCUUUGGAAAUCUGAUGUACUGUUACCUUGUUCACGUUCAGUGGUAUUGUGCUCUUUUGUGUGUUAACCAAGUGAUGCUGAGGAUCAGGAGAGAAAUGAAUGUAGAGAGAGGUCGAGAGAGAAAAACAGACUCUAACAAAGGACUAAUGGGUGAAGUCUGCGGGUUCAGACUCCUGGAAGGAAGUGGUAAAAGGAAAUGGAAGGAUCCACUUAUGCUGAAAUACUGUAAAUAUGCAGUGAGAUUUGGCAAAAUCUGUCCAACGUUAUUUGCUUUUGGAAACAAUUUUGAAAACCCCCAGAGGAGGGGGAAAAAAAAUAAGGAUAACACUCCCCCCACCUUUUCCACAUAAAUCAAAACUAACAGCAUCAAAUUAUUUGGGGGCAGAAACCACAUGUGUAUAAUGUGACUUCCAUUGAGUGAAAUAAGAUGCUGUUUGGAAAAGAGGUCGCGAUGCCCCCAAAAAGCCCAUCUGUGUUAUAAGAAUGUAUGGUGAAGUUAACUUUAUGUUUUAUGAGACCUGUUUGGGGGUGCACCAAAUAUGAGGGUCCUGUAUCAACGUGACAAAGGUAGUCACAAGAACAUGUUAUUGUACUGUGUAAAGAUGCAUCGUCAUCUAAUUUGGUUGGCUUUGUACCUUGUACCUUUUUUAGCUUUUGCUGUACAUCUAGAACCCUCAGCACAUACUGUGUUGUACUUCCUUUUGUAAAUGAUUUUUUAAAAUGGAAUUUUGCACAUAAUACAUUGUAAUACUGUAUGAUAAUCAUGUGUGAAGAUUUUUGAAAUA